GCCGGUAGUGAUGAUGAUGGUGGUCGUAGAGGGGGAGGUCCGACGUCUUAUCGCCGAUGGAAAGGAUGCAAGUCCAGGUUUCUGCAAGGUAACCUUUCAUGUGUCGCAAUGGGAACGCAAGGCGCAGUGUUGAGUCAAGUUUUCCUGCAGUAGGUGGACGAAGGUCCGAGUAAACGAUAGGCGGGCAAGCUUCGAGAGAUCGUAGGUAAGUAAGGUAGGUAAGAUAAUAAACAGGAAAAAAAAGAGACGUAGUAGACGGAGGAAGAGGGGGAUGGGGGUCAAGUCUUGUAAGGUGAUAAUCAGAAGCAAGAAGUGGGAAACGCACAGUCUUACAGCAAAUGAGAGGCAAGGCGGCGGGAUGUUAAAACAAGAAAUGAAUGCGAAUCAACAAGAGACAGACAGACACACGGCCGAUGGUCUGCCAAGGCAGGGGUGGUCUUGGACUUGGAGGGGAGUGACAACAACAACAACACUUUUCUGUAUCCGUAUCUGUAUCGUUAUCAUCCACUCUUUCUCUUUUUUUGCUUUCCUCACUCCCCUCUAUGCGCUGCCGGACGCUCUCUCUCUCUCUCUCUCUCUCUGCCUCUCACUCCCAGUCUCCCACUCAGUUCACGUGUUGGGCUGGACCUGGGGCCUUUGGGCUUGGCCAUUUCAACGAAGGGGGCCCCCUUCUGACUGGACCAGUGGACAGUGACGGGAUAAGACAUCCACGGGAUAGGACAGGACGAGGAGGCCGCAGAGGAAGGCAUGUCCACUUUGUUGGUGUACCCCUCGUCCUAGCCGCAGGCGACAUGCAACAAGGCACCGGGGGGG